AUGGCCGACGCAAAGCUCUUUCAGCGCAGCAAGCUCCAGGAGCUCCGCGCCGAGCUCCAAGCCGACAAGAAGGACAAGAACUUUGCCCGCCGCAAGACGGUCCUCAAGCGCGUCGUCGCGUCCAUGACCAUGGGCCAGGACCUGUCGCCCCUGUACCCGGACGUCCUCGCGUGCCUCUCGAUCCAGGUCGUCGACAUCAAGAAGAUGGUCUACCUGUUCCUGAUCAACUACGCCCGCGUCAAGCCCGAGAUGGUCCGCCACGCCUUGCCCGGCCUCCUCGCCGACGCCGACGACAAGAACGCCCUCGUGCGCGCCCUCGCCAUGCGCACCAUGUCGUACAUCCCGGUCCCCGAGGUCCUGCGCGCCCUCGUCGACCCGCUCCACCACGCCCUCAAGGACCGCGACCCGUACGUGCGCAAGACGGCCGCCAUCUGCGUCGCCAAGCUCUACAUGCACGACCGGCGCCUCGUCGACAAGCACGGCUUUGUCGCCUCGCUGCGCGACCUCCUCAUGGACCCGAACCCGACCGUGAUCGCCAACGCCGUCGCGAGCCUGACCGAGAUCAGCGAGCGCAGCGACAACAUCCACCUGCGCCUCAACGCCGACGUCGCGAGGCGCCUCGUGCGCGCCAUGACCGAGGCGAGCGAGUGGGGGCAGACGUACAUCCUCGAGGCCCUCAUGUACUAUGUCCCCGACACGCACGACGACGCGACUCUCCUCGCCGAGCAGGUGUCGAUCCGCCUCCAGCACUCCAACUCGGCCGUCGUCCUCGCCACCGUCAAGGUCAUGCUCUACCUCAUGAACUACAUGGGCAGCGAGCAGGUCGUCGAGGACAUGUGUCGGCGCCUCAGUCCUCCACUCGUGACGCUCCUGUCGUCCGGCUACGAGGUGCAGUACGUCGCGCUGCGCAACAUCCACCUCAUCAUCCAGCGGCGGCCGUCGGUCCUGCGCAACGACGUCAAGGUCUUUUUCUGCAAGUACAACGACCCGAUCUACGUCAAGCUCGCCAAGCUCGAGAUCAUCUACCGCCUCGCGCACGCGCGCAACGUCGAGCAGGUCCUCGCCGAGCUCAAGGAGUACGCGUCCGAGGUCGACGUCGACUUUGUGCGCAAGGCGGUGCGCACGAUCGGGCGCCUCGCCAUAAAGGUCGACCAGGCGGCCGACCUGUGCAUCUCGGUCCUGCUCGAGCUCGUCAAGACAAAGGUCUCGUACGUCGUCCAGGAGGCCAUCGUCGUCAUCAAGAACAUCUUCCGACGGUACCCGAACCGGUACGAGGGCAUCAUCGGGACGCUGUGCGAGAACCUCGACGCGCUCGACACGCCCGACGCCAAGAGCGCCAUGAUCUGGAUCGUCGGCCAGUACGCCGACCGCAUCUCGAACUCGGACGAGCUCCUCGAGGACUUUCUCGAGACGUUCCUCGACGAGCCGACCGAGGUCCAGCUCGCGCUCCUGACGGCCACCGUCAAGCUCUUCAUCAAGCGCCCGACGGCCGGCGCCGAGCUCGUCCCGCGCGUCCUCAAAUGGGCGACCGAGAGCGUCGACAACCCGGACCUGCGCGACCGCGGCUUCAUCUACUGGCGCCUCCUGUCGACCGACCCGGCCGCGGCGCAACAGAUCGUCCUCGGCGCCAAGCCCGACAUCAGCACCGAGGGCGACGCGCUCGACCGCUCGGUCCUCGACCGCCUCUUGCUCCACACCGGGUCCCUCGCGAGCAUCUACCACAAGGAGGCGCACGCGUUUGUGCGCGGCGCGAGGGCAAAGUACCUCGGUGACAGCCCGGCCCUCGACCAGGACGCGCGAGACGCCUACGCCGAGCAGCUGCGGCGCUUGCCCCAACAGCAGCAGCCGCAGCGGGCGCCGGACGCCCAGCCGGCACCGCUCGUGGUCGCGGCGUCGCCCUCGUCGGCGGGCAUGGCAGGCGCUCCGGCGCUCCCGCAGCGGCCGGCGGCGGGCGGGCGAUCGGCGUCGGGCGACGCGCAGGACGACUUUGCGGCGAUGGGGCCGGCGCGAGGAGGAGGAGGAGGAGGAGCGGGCGGCGCGGCGGCGCAGGGGCUCCUCGACGAUGUCGACGAGGGCGACGAUGGCGUGGACGACGACGACGAGGAGGAGGAGGGCGCGGCGCUCAACCCGGGCGCGCUGUCCGCCGAGUCGGCGGCCGGGCCUGGAGCUGUCGCGGCGGCGGGUGGUGGGCGCGCGCGGUCCGGCACGGUCGCGUACGGGACCGAGCGCGUCGACGACGAGCGCGAGGGCGACGAGGGCGGAGGGGCGCUCGACCCGUACGCGAGCCUGGCGCGGUUGAGCCUCGACUUGGGCGGCGGCGGCGGCGGAGCGGGCGGCGGCGACGGGUACGGGUACGACGGCCCGCAGCCGCAGACGGUCAGCGGGAGGACGAACGACGACUUGUUGCUGUAGUCGGAGCUGAGCUGGGGCAACGAGCCUCUCUAUCGCACU